GAUGGGCUGGUUUGUUGACAGGAAGUGUGUGAGGAGGAAUCCCCACCGUACGAGCCUCCGUGCCUGUAGUUUAGACUGACAAAUCAGCGGUUUUCGUGUUCAGAUAUACCUCGGAGGUAAUGAGGACUUGGAUUAUGUACUUUAAGACCGACCUGGGGCAAAGAUGCAAUGGAGGUCAAUAGUAGUGGGUCUGGUGGUCCUGAGACUCUCUGUAAGCUGGGUUCUGUGGCUAGCUUUCGGGCUGGGACCUGAGAUUAGCUCCGGGUUCAACUUCCACCUCGGUUUUAAUUUGCACAAAUUGGACUUGCUGUUCCGCGAGGAAAAGGAAGCCGACCCGAGCGCUAGCUCUUGGUCCCAAAGAGUCCAGGGUCACAGGAAUGACGAGACCGCGACCACCUGCGCAGAGAUCGGGGAGGAUUCCACCAGGAGGUCCUACCUGAACCUCUUCGAUGGCAACAAGGAUGAGUACGUCCGGAGGUACAGAUCCUUUCCCGACACGCUGAGGGUGAAAAUGAAAGACAUGGCCAAAGAAAUGUUCUACUUUGGAUACGAGAACUACAUGAAAUAUGCCUUUCCAGAGGACGAGCUGAAUCCCAUUGAUUGUGAGGGGAGAGGUCCAGACGUGAUGAACCCGUCGAACAUCAAUAUCAACGACGUCUUGGGGAACUAUUCACUCACACUCAUUGACACCUUAGACACCCUGCUGGUGCUUGGCAAUGUGACAGAGUUCCAGAGAGCCGUCAAACUGGUUAUAGAUACCGUGUCUUUUGACAAGAACUCAACUGUGCAAGUCUUCGAGGCUAACAUCAGGAUCCUUGGAAGCCUUAUCUCAGCACACAUUCUGCUGACUGACUCCAAGCACCCAUUCGGAGAGGUGGGCUUCAAAGAUUAUGAUAAUGAGCUUCUGCAUCUGGCUCACGACCUGGCUGUGCGCUUGCUGCCUGCUUUUGAGAACACCAGCACGGGCAUUCCUUACCCCAGGGUGAACCUGAAGACGGGAGUCCCUCAGGACAGCAUCAAUGAGACGUGCACCGCAGGAGCCGGGUCCCUGCUGGUGGAGUUUGGCAUUCUGAGUCGCCUGAUUGGGGAUUCAACGUUUGAAUGGGUGGCGAGGCGAGCCGUCAGAGCUCUGUGGAAUCUGAGAAGCAACGAAACUGGUCUGUUGGGAAAUGUCAUUAAUAUCCAAACAGGCCAGUGGGUUGGCAAGCAGAGUGGGCUUGGAGCUGGAAUGGACUCUUUUUAUGAGUAUUUGCUUAAAUCCUACAUCCUAUUUGGUGAGAAAGAGGAUUACCAGAUGUUUAAAGCUGCUUAUGAAAGCAUUCAGAACCACCUGAGAAGAGGGCGCGAGUCUUGCAAUGAAGGUGAGGGUGACCCGCCCCUCUAUGUUAAUGUGAACAUGUUUAGUGGUGAGAUUAUGAACACGUGGAUCGACUCCCUUCAGGCCUUCUUUCCUGGGCUGCAGGUGCUGAAUGGGGAUAUUGAUGAUGCCAUUUGCCUUCAUGCCUUCUACUAUGCCAUCUGGAAGCGCUUCGGGGCGCUGCCAGAGAGAUACAACUGGCAGCUCAAAGCUCCCGAUGUGUUAUUUUACCCUUUAAGACCAGAGCUGGUGGAAUCCACCUACCUGCUGUACCAGGCAACAAAAAAUCCUUUCUAUCUGCACGUUGGAAUGGAUAUUCUCCAGAGCCUUGAGAAAAAUGCCAAAGUCAGAUGCGGAUAUGCCACACUCCACCAUGUUGUGGAUAAAUCCAAAGAGGAUCGCAUGGAGAGCUUUUUUCUCAGUGAAACCUGCAAAUACCUUUAUCUUCUAUUUGACGAGGACAACCCACUUCACAAAUCCGAUAACAAAUAUAUCUUCACUACAGAAGGUCAUGUUGUGCCUAUAGACAAGCGCUUCAGGGAGAAGCAGUGGAACGACUUGUCUCCAUGCGAAGAAGGAGCGCUGGCAGAAACAGAAACAAGCAACCAGCCGCCUCCGAGCAACAUCAGCAACUGUAACAGGAUACCAGAGGAGCGUCGAUAUGCUCUGCCAUUAAAGAGUGUCUACAUGAGGCAGAUUGAUCAUAUGGUGGGAGUGUUUUGACAAAAAAGGACAGAUUUGGGGACACUUUUUUGACAUAUAUACAUGUCAAACAUGUAUAUAUGUUUGACAUGUCAAACAUGUAUAUAUGGAGAGGAGGAGUUCCUCAGUUCAGAGUCUUUGUACCAUCUAUUUCUCAGAUCUGGAUCUAGACAGGAAAUGGACAGUAAUGAAUAAUGAGAGGACAAGACUGUAUUAAAGUAAAAGGUUUUUGGUUUUAGAGAAUGAUGCCAACAAAGGUGACAAGUCCAAGGUCAGGAAAAUUAGUUUUGAUUGUUAGAUUUUGUCUGAACUGAAGUUAAAAGCGUUUUAGACAAACUGAGAUAUCUGGUCAAGUACUUGUGGGUAAACUUUGCACAUAUGUGUUUUGAUUGAAACUUCAGCAGAGCUGAGAGUCUUGACAAAAAAGCAUCUGAUAAUAAGAUCAGUGCCAUUAACCUCACAUUAAUUCAGUGAAUAGCCUAUAAACAAAUGUUGACCUUUGAGCAAGCCGCUCUCUAAACCUGAGAAUUAGUGCCUCUUUUUUAAGUUGAUAUACUUGAUUAGAUCAGUGCCAUUAUGUAAGGGCUAUGAGAUGAAAUUAUUAAAAGAGCUGCUUUUCACUCCAGAUAUUUUUUAAUCAAACAGCAUUACUGCAAUACUCUGGUUUUAUUUCUCCCAAGUAAAAAAAUUCCAAAACUAGAGAUGCACCAAUCAGAGUCUCAUGGGAGACUAAUAUAGAUUUUUAGCCAAUUCUAAUUUCUCUUUAAGAUUUUAAAAUAUAUAGGAACAAUGGUCUUUUUUUCUAACUUUGUGCUACGUGAAAUCACAAACUAUUUAUUUUCACAGCAUAGGGAAUAUGACUGUGUUGUAUGAGAGGGCAAUCUCUGUGUUCCCUUAGAGAACAUAGAUUUGUAUCUUAAUUGUUAUAUUUCCAGAAAGGCUGCACACAUUACUAAAUGUAGCUUGUUUCAUUACAUGUUUGAAAGCUAAAGGGGACAAACAGAGCAACUUUGCUGUAUUCUGGUCAAGCUUCCUGCUCUUCCCCACAGCCUGAAUGAACAGCAGUCAUGUCUCAAUAAGUCAUGAAAAAUACUUUUAUUUGAAAUGGCUCUUUACACCUUUUAUACUUCCUCUGACUUCAAUUUUGACCAUCCGCUGGUAAUAGUUAAACUUCUUCAAUCAGUAAUUGCAUGUACACACUGGGAGAGCUCAGAAACAGAUCUGGGUUUUUGACUGGUCACCAGUCAGUUCUCUGAAAUCUUCUUAAUUCGCUUGCCAAUCAAGUUCUUGGUGCAUCUCUACUAAAAUGCUAAUGUAUAUCUGGGCAGAGACAGAAAGUCUGGGGAGUAAACUGCAUUUUUGCCUUUGACUCAUGUUUGACAAUACUGAGAAAAUACAAUAUUGAGAUAAUCAAGUGUUUAUCUUUCAAACUUUUAAUGACUUUAUGUCUUAGAAAGGGCAAGUAGAGCCUUUAUGCCCCCAUGAGAAGGAGGUUCAGGGCUGACUCUUUAAGUGCCUUCUAUUUGUCUUAGCAUUUGUGGAUGCUAUGUGGUGUAUAUUAGACGUGGAUGACAUUUUUGAACAUAUUUUAUUGUCACUUUUGAUAUUGCACAAAUGUUUCAUUCCAUGUUUAUCUGCGGUUCUUUUAACCAUCACAAGCCAUAAAAUGUUUUUUUAAAUGCUAAGUUUGUAUUGGUGACAAUUCUGCUGCAUUGUUUAUGAUUUGUACUUGUACAGAAGAGACUGAAGCUGUUUCUUUUAGUGCACUUCAUACCUGUCAUGUGGUUAAAAACUCAGGGUUUAUAAGAAAUGCAAAAAUCAGUGAAUGCUUUUGUAAGAAAUAAAAUUGUAAUGUUGCCUACUA